AUGCGGGGGCCAUCAUGCCAAGUUAUCGGACCGCUGGCAGCGACCGUCACGGUCCGGCGGCGGUCAUAUGAGAUCCCGGCAGUGACUCGUGAAGGGCCGGGCGUGGGCCUAUCACGCCGGGCCAUCGGCGGAUCAGUUACUGGAGCCAGGCGCCGCGAGUCGGUACAGCCGGGCUACCCGGCGUCACGUAACCCGACUUGCCGAAAAAGGAAAGUCCCAACAGGCAGUGCUAUGCGCGGCAAGGGUACAGGAAGCAAGGAGGAGGGGGCGCGUGCUAGCGUGAGAGAGGGGAGGACAACCAGGGCAAGAACACAGCAAGUGAUCCAGGAUGAAGAGGUUCACACACCUGAAACACCUGCCCCAUCAACCCUCACCCGGGGUACGCCCAUGACUUCUGGAGCAGGCAAGGAGCGUACGGAUGCGAUGCGCCAGAGAAGAUAUCGCUCUCGCACGUUCCCUUCCUCAACACCGGCCGACUCGGACUCCUUGUCUCCGAAUGUCGGCGGGGCCUUCAUUACCCCGCGGUUGCUUUUCAAUCGAGGAUCGAAACGCUCGCAGGAGGACACGUCUUCUUCCCAGGGGAUCAGCAAGAGAGGCAGAACUUCGAAUCCAUCCAGCUCAAAGCAGUCCCCCGAGAAAGUUCCUGAGACCCCUCAAAUAGCACGAGGGCGAAGCCUGUCCAGCGCCGCUCGAUCAUUGGAUUGGAACAAGAAUGAGGUGGAGGACAAGCACACGAUAACCUCUGUGCCGGCCAACAAGUUCUAUGGCGUGUCCAAGGACGAGGAUCUGAAGAGCACUUCGUUCCUUGUGGAGAUCGAUGGAGUUUUCCUUCGCAACGAGAUUUAUCGGGAGAUCAUGGAGAAGGAGCAAGAAUUGGUGAAACAGCGAGCAAAGGUUGAAGAACUCAACAAGAAGGUCUCGGCCGUCAAGGACGGCAAAACCAAGGAGAAUCGCCUCAUGGCGAUGGAGGAGCGGAUGGAGACGUUGGACAUUAUCAAAUCGACGAUCUACAUUGCUCCUGGAGGAAAAGCUGUCCAGGUGCGACCCAUGAUGCAGUCUAUUUCUUCUGUUUGUCCUUUGACUGCCACUAGCUCACGCCCUCUGGCGUUGUGGCCGGCCUGGGGAGUUUUCCAACUGUCAGUGCCAAGUGCUUGA